CGUCAAAUUCAUAACAUAAACGAUUUGUUCUGGGAGCGGUUUGGUGUGGAAAUAUUCCAAUCUUUUUACACGUGAUUAAAAUUAUUCCAUUUACUAUUUAGCUAAUUAAGUGAAUUGUGAUUAAAGUGUCGUAUUGAAUAAACAUAAUUCAAUAUACUAUAACAGCUGACAUUUUUUUUAAAACUAAUUUGUUUAUAUAUCAGUGGUGAUGCCUAACCCGAACACAUUUUUGUACUUCGCGUAUGGAAGUAAUUUAUUAGCGAAAAGAAUUCAUAUUAAUAAUCCUUCGGCAGUUAGAAAAGACGUUGGAAAGCUAUUGGAUUAUUGCUUAGAUUUCAAUAGAUACUCAGAAAAAUGGGGAGGUGCGUCUGCCACAGUUGUACCAAAAGUGGGUGAGCAUGUUUGGGGUGCUAUAUGGGAAAUCGAUAAUAAAAAUCUUGCAAGCCUUGACAAACAGGAAGGUGUACAUUUAAACACAUACUUUGCUAAAGAUGUAAACAUCAAAACUAAGAGUGGCGAAAAUGUAUCGUGCCGAAUAUAUGAGCAAAGUAAACUGCCUGCUCCGUUGCAACCGGGUGAACCUUUUCCAGAAGAUAGGAAGCCUAGUUUGAUAUAUCUUGAGACAAUUAUUCAAGGAGCGUUAGAAUCUGGAUUACCAGACAGUUAUUUAAAAAUGCUUAGAAGCAUUCCUCAUAAUGGAAAUAUUGGAGAUGAACAAUUACGGAAGGAACUUGGUAUAUUACUGUCCCACAAAGUUUAGAAAAAUGACAUAUUGAGAAAUAUGUAUAACAAUAUGAAAUGAAUCACUGGUACAAGCUUAUUUUUAUUAUGAUAUUUAAGAAUGUCUAUUGCAAUGUUUAUA